UCCUGCGUUGCAGGCAGAUUCUUUACCAACUGAGCUAUGAGGGAAGCCCUACUACCAACUUAAGAUGAAUGAUAAUAGUGCAUACACACAUAUGUUUAAGGUUUUAGGGGAAAAAUAUCUUUCCUGUACCUAAUUUGACUGACCAACGCAAUCAGCUGACCUUUGGCUGUAUUAAAAUUGUAAAGAUCGGAGUCCAUUAUUAAAAUAAAUGAGUAGGAUUAGAAUAGAGAAUUUAUAAAAAUAAAGCCUUUUUAAAACAAUAAAUGCUUUUGGAUAAAGUAGCAGGCUUCAAGUGAAAUUCAGUUUUGGUCUCCUUUACAGGAAUAGGUAUUCACAAUUCUGCAGAACCACCUACCACAUUUUGCAGUAUCUCCUGAGGAAGUCAGAAUCUGAGCCAUCAUGACGACUGAGUCUUGUCUUUGUUUUGAUUUGUAAACUGUGCUUUCAUUUUGAUCAUGUACAAGGUGGAGGUUAUAGCAUGGAAACUAAAAUCUUACUUCCUGCCUGACAUAACUCACUUCAAGAAGUGCACAAUGUCAGAACGUGGAAUUAAGUGGGCUUGUGAAUACUGUACGUAUGAAAACUGGCCAUCUGCAAUCAAGUGUACUAUGUGUCGUGCCCAGAGACCUAGUGGAACAAUUAUUACAGAAGAUCCAUUUAAAAGUGGUUCAAGUGAUGUUGGUAGAGAUUGGGAUCCUUCCAGCACUGAAGGAGGAAGUAGUCCUUUGAUCUGUCCAGACUCUAGCGCAAGACCAAGGGUUAAAUCUUCAUAUAGCAUGGAAAAUGCCAAUAAAUGGUCAUGCCACAUGUGCACAUAUUUGAACUGGCCAAGAGCAAUCAGAUGCACUCAGUGCUUAUCCCAGCGUAGGACCAGGAGUCCCACAGAAUCUCCUCAAUCCUCAGGAUCUGGCUCAAGACCAGUUGCUUUUUCUGUUGAUCCUUGUGAGGAAUACAAUGAUAGAAAUAAACUGAACACAAGGACCCAGCAUUGGACUUGUUCUAUUUGCACAUAUGAAAACUGGGCCAAGGCUAAAAAAUGUGUUGUUUGUGAUCAUCCCAGACCUAAUAAUAUUGAAGCAAUCGAGUUGGCAGAGACUGAAGAGGCUUCUUCAAUAAUUAAUGAGCAAGACAGAGCUCGAUGGAGAGGAAGCUGUAGCAGUGGCAACAGCCAGAGAAGGUCGCCGCCGACCGUGAAACGGGACUCGGAGGUGAAAGUGGACUUCCAGAGGAUUGAGCUGGCUGGUGCUGUCGGCAGCCAGGAGGGACUCGAAGUGGACUUCAAAAAGCUAAAGCAAAUUAAAAACAGGAUGAAAAAGACUGACUGGCUGUUCCUCAAUGCUUGUGUGGGUGUUGUAGAAGGUGAUUUAGCUGCUAUCGAAGCUUACAAAUCGUCGGGAGGGGACAUCGCCCGCCAGCUCACUGCAGAUGAAGUCCGCUUGCUGAAUCGCCCUUCUGCUUUCGAUGUUGGCUAUACUCUGGUACAUCUGGCUAUACGUUUUCAGAGGCAGGAUAUGCUAGCAAUAUUGCUUACAGAGGUGUCUCAACAAGCUGCAAAGUGUAUUCCUGCAAUGGUGUGUCCUGAACUGACAGAACAGAUCCGUCGUGAGAUCGCUGCUUCUCUUCACCAGAGAAAGGGGGACUUUGCUUGCUAUUUCCUAACUGACCUUGUUACAUUUACAUUGCCAGCAGAUAUUGAAGACUUGCCUCCAACAGUCCAAGAGAAAUUAUUUGAUGAGGUGCUUGAUAGAGAUGUUCAGAAAGAGUUAGAAGAAGAAUCUCCAAUUAUAAACUGGUCAUUGGAAUUGGCUACACGUUUGGACAGUCGACUGUAUGCACUUUGGAACCGGACUGCAGGAGACUGCUUACUUGAUUCAGUACUACAAGCUACCUGGGGCAUUUACGACAAGGACUCAGUGCUUCGGAAAGCCCUGCAUGACAGCCUGCAUGACUGUUCACAUUGGUUUUACACACGUUGGAAAGAUUGGGAGUCCUGGUAUUCUCAGAGCUUUGGUUUACAUUUUUCCUUGAGAGAAGAACAGUGGCAAGAAGACUGGGCAUUUAUACUGUCUCUUGCUAGUCAGCCUGGAGCAAGUUUGGAGCAGACUCACAUUUUUGUACUUGCACAUAUUCUUAGACGACCAAUUAUAGUUUAUGGAGUAAAAUAUUAUAAAAGUUUUCGGGGAGAAACUUUAGGAUAUACUCGGUUUCAAGGUGUGUAUUUGCCUUUGUUGUGGGAACAGAGUUUUUGUUGGAAAAGUCCGAUUGCUCUGGGCUAUACAAGGGGCCACUUCUCUGCUUUGGUUGCCAUGGAAAAUGAUGGCUAUGGUAACCGAGGUGCUGGUGCUAACCUGAACACCGAUGAUGAUGUCACCAUCACAUUUCUGCCUCUGGUUGACAGUGAGAGGAAGUUACUCCAUGUGCACUUCCUUUCUGCUCAGGAGCUAGGCAACGAGGAGCAGCAGGAGAAGCUGCUGAGAGAGUGGCUGGACUGCUGUGUGACGGAGGGGGGCGUCCUCGUGGCCAUGCAGAAGAGCUCCCGGCGGCGAAACCACCCCCUGGUCACGCAGAUGGUGGAGAAGUGGCUGGACCGCUACCGGCAGAUCCGGCCCUGCACGUCCCUGUCGGAUGGAGAGGAGGACGAAGAUGAUGAAGAUGAGUGAAAAAAAAAGAGACCAGAAGACCAGGGUAUCCGCUCUGGGGGGACCCCACUUGAGUGUGCUGCUCCAAGCAGAGCGCAUAGCGUGGAGUGAAGUGAACCUGGCAGGAUCUGCUUGGAAGGGUUCCUCCUGAUCCACACCCGACAGAGCCGAUGUGUCUGCGGCAUGAGGAGACAGAGAGCUUUGGACUACAGUUUGUAAAAAAGAAAAAAACUAAUUUUAUUAAGACAGAACUUUUUUCCUUUCAGAUUGUAAAUCUGUCUAUAAAUGUAACGCAUGUGGUUGUGUAAGAAGUUGUGUAAUAGGACAAGUUGUACCAGCAUCUUCAUAUUAUUGAGAAGUUUUUCCAGCAUGGGCACCUCCAAAAGCACAUGGCAGGUCACUCUUUGUUCCUUUGAGAUAAUUCUUUAUAAAGUAGAACCUGGCAUUCUACUUCCAUCUUAAAAGAUCCAUUUUACAUUCUGUCUCACUAGAGCUCCUUAGAGAUUUGGAAACUUUUUGUACAAAUUAUCCGUAGCAAAACAUAAAAAUAAAAACAAGCUUUUAUUUUUUAUUAGUAAUUUAGCUCCUGUUGUGCCCAAUAAAAUCUUUAAGGAACAAACUGUAAGGAAAGUCAGAAUUUUUUAUUGAGUGAACUUCAUGUAGACAUCCUUCCCUUGUUUGGAAAAGGGUUUUGGUUUCUCUUAUUUUGUCUUUUUCAGUUUCUGAUAAGCCGCCUUUCAGUAUUUAGGUAUUUAUUUGUUUGGAAGAGUGCUCUUAAACUGAGGCUUCCUCCACCAGACUCUGGGCAGCAGUCUCCUUGUGAGUAGUUACCCCAUGGAUGUACAUUAGGGCAGCAGCUGGCCCACUCGAACUGAAUGAAUUAUGUGAAAUCUGCUCACUUGCCUCUGUGGACAUUAGACUCCCAAGUUGCUGUGCAGAGGGUCUUUGGAUUCUUUAUCAUCAACUCUGCUUUAAGCAAAUUGUGUUAGAAAGGCAUGCCUUUGCUUGGGCUAAUUGCGAAUUUCCGUUCAGAAUAGAAUAAAGAUUUUCAGAAUGCAGUAAGGUGGUUAAAUGCAUUGUAUAAUGAAUUUCUCAGUGAGUAGUCUGAGAAUUUUUGCAUGUUGGUUAAUUGUGGCCAUUCUUAUUUAAAGUUAUAACUAUAAUCUUAGGUAGAAAAACUUUCUAUAAAAAGUAUUAUUUGACCACUUCAGGUAUACAUUCAAUACUGGGUAAAAAUUUCAGACCUAUCUCAGGAACACAGAGAGACUUAGUGUCCUGAUAAGCACUUUGUAGAGUAUUGAUGUGGCAAGGAAUUUCAAACACACAUACACACACACUCUCUUUCCCUUUGAUAAAAAGGCUGUGAAAACCUUUAAAUAUUUGCUUCUUGUUUUCUUCUAUUUAGAUGGUAUUGAAAUGUGCACAACCUCAGAUUUGAUGCUGAAAUACUAAAAAUAGUAAAAUACCUGUGAGAUGUCAUUUCUUUAGUUCUUUCUUCCCUCCCUGAAAGGCGUUCCCAGGAUGAAAGAAUUGCUGCUGCUGCAUGCUAAAACAUGCAGGAAAAAUAUUUGCAUUUGGAUUCCAUAUAAAUGAAUUUUGAUUUAAUAUUGGUAUGUUACUGUUUCAAGGGGCUGAUGUUUUCUUACAAAAUUGACAUUCUGGUUUGCUUUUGUUUUGAACAGUAAUUAAGCAAGGAUUUAGAAGGCUGCCAUUCUGACUACUUAGCAUAGCAUCCCUAUGAACUUUUCUUCAUGUAUAGGGAGAAUUCUGUAGUGGCCAGACAACCCAUUCCAGUUGCGGUUAAGCCAGUUGAAGAAGCCAAAGAGAAAGGUCUGAGGGAGCAGCAUCUGGUGGCUAGGGUCUCCAGGACAGUCAGUGCCGUGCGGGGAGCUGCAGCUUGGGCUCCGGCCUCCGUGUGCUGUGUCUGCUGAGCGAUGUGUCCCCCGAGGUGCCUCUUUAUUUAUUUAUUUAUUUAUAGACCAGGGACCCUGGCCACAUCUAGCUUAACAGGUACAGCAUUCUUCCCUGUGGGAAAGAACUAUAUAUGUGUGUGUGUGUGUGUGUGUAUAUGUAUGACUCCAGUUCCUAGGCUCCAGACGGGGUGGAGCUUUAAAUGGUUUUCACAGCAGAUUGGCUGGUAAAGGCUAACAUUUUGGUGAGUCAGUGCUAUGUUAAGCUCUUGAACUAUCAAACAGCCAUAACUAUCGUCCCAAGAGAGAAUUUGCAGUCCUUUCUCAGAUUCCAUGUGGCGGGGUGACAGAUAACUCAGUGUCUUUUGGUUGACUCUGGACAGUAAUAUCUUAACCGUAUGGACUUGACUUUACGGUUCCUCUUCUUGGGAGAAUACAGUGUGGUGGUUUCUGUUCUAAUUAAAAGCCAUGGAUUUGGACCUGCCUUUUCAUGUUUUUGGCUCUUAGGCUCAUCCUGUGACAGAUUAGUCUGUGUUAAGGGAAUACUGCUGUGCGUAGGCAGUUGGGGUCUCCUUGGUGUGCAAAUGUCAUCCCCGCACAGAUUACCCGUUUGACAAGUGGUUAUGAAGACGACAGUGAAUCGCCGCUCCGCUCCCUGGAGUGAUGAUAUAGGUCAGUGACUAUGCGCUCCACCUUGAUCCACGUCAGGUGGUUUUAGUGUAAUUUUUCAUGGGAGAGUUGGGAUGGGACCACCACCUUAAAAUGAGUGAGGAGGUUGAUGUUUUCAGUUGCCAUGACUUUUUUUUAAUGGAAAGAGGCAGGGCAGUUGUAAAGGUGUUUGAUAUCUGGACUUGUUGGACUUAACCAGCAUUUAUAAAAGGGAUUUAAUGCUAUUUGAGAAAGGAAGACUCAUUAAAUCAACUGAAAGUUCUUAACACAUGAAAAUGACUGAUGUUAAUUAUUUUGCAACAUUUCUUUGUAAAUACCAUUUACAAACAAUUUUUUGAGAUUCACCUCCCUUCCUGCAUUAAUGCUUGGGUCAGGUAAUUUUACUUUUGGGUAAAUUAAAAUCAAAACUAAAACUUGA